AUGGCCGACAUACUAACGAAGGCACUGCCGGCACCAAGCGUGGAAGAGAUGCGAGCGAUGUUCAAGUUGGAGGCCACACAGGAUGACACCGAGUAG